UAAAAAAAAGUUAAUACUAAAACAGUUAAAUAAUGGCCCGAAAACACUCGGAUAUGGUUAUACUAAACGGCAAUUCACACCCGCAGUUGGCCAACUCUAUAGCCUCCCGAUUGAACGAAAAACUCGGUUCAUGUUCACUGUACCGAACGUCCAACCGGGAGUCAGUGCUGGCCAUUGGUGUAUCAGUCAGAGCCCGUGAUGUCUAUCUUAUACAGUCGGGAGGUCCUGAUGUCAACAACAACAUUAUGGAACUGUUGAUUAUGGCCUAUACGUGCAAAACUUCGGCCGCCAAUAACAUUGUCGGUGUAAUACCGUAUCUGCCGUACGGUAAACAGUCAAAAAUGAGGAAACGCGGAUCAAUUGUCAGCAAACUGAUGGCCCAGUUGAUGGUUAAGGCGGGAUUUACUCAUUUGAUUACUGUCGAUAUGCACCACAAAGAGACCCAAGGUUUCUUUGAUAUACCCGUCGAAAACUUGCGGGCCUCGCCUUUCCUGUUGCAAUACAUCCAGGAAAACAUUACUGACUAUCGCGAAACGGCCAUAAUAGUGGCCCGAUAUCCCGGUGCCGUACGCAAAGCCACCUCGUAUGCCGAACGACUGCGCAUCGGGUUGGCCGUCAUUCACGGCGAAGAUAAAGAAGCCGAAACUGACCACGUUGACGGUCGUACGUCACCGCCGGCCGCUCUGGCUCAUCAAGAGUUCGAUCUGUUUGUCGGUUUGGACGGAUUGCCGUCGUUUCCGGCCAAAGAGAAACCACCGAUCAGUAUCGUCGGCGAUGUUUCGGGUCGUGUGGCCAUUAUGAUCGACGACUGUAUCGACGAUGUACAAAGUUUUGUGACCACUGCCGAACAUUUGCGCGAUCACGGUGCCAGCAAAAUAUACGUAUUGGCCACUCACGGGUUUUUCGGACCGGACGCUCCCGGUCUGAUAGAAAACUCGCCCAUCGAUGAAGUUAUUGUUACUAACACUGUGCCACACGAGCUCCAGAAGAUGCGGUGCAACAAAAUCAAGACAAUCGACAUCUCUAUACUAUUAUCGGAAGCCAUGCGUCGGAUACAAAAUAACGAGUCGUUGAGCUAUCUAUUCAAGAAUGUCGCUCUCGAGGACUGA